AUGGCGUCGGAGCGAGAGAGAGAAGCGGAGGAAUAUUUACAGAAACACCAGAUCCUGGAGUUGAUGGAGAAUCUGAUCAGCCUGCUACUGUUCCACAGACCCGAGAAGCCGAAGGCGUUCUUGUCAGAGCAGUUGGAGUUUUUGAAGCGUUCCCGUCACAGCGGAGUCCGAGGCCCUGGUUUAUUCACCAACAACAACCUGGAUACAGUGUUUGGAAUUCUGGAUCCUGCCAACCGGAAGUACAUCUCAUACGACCAGUACAAGCAGGCUCUGCAGACUCUAGGGGUGAGAGACAUAAACGAGUGUCCCGACGGCGUGAACGAGGACAUGAUCAGCCAUGACACCUUCAAAACCGAAGCGUAAGACUGAGAAUGAGAUACGUUCUGCCUGCCUUCAUGUGCUGGGGAUAAGGGGGCGCUCUACCUGUGA